AUGGAGCUGCCGGAUCCUGUCCGCCAGCGAUUGGGAAACUUCAGCCGGACUGUAUUCAGCGACUCCAACCGGACCGGGCCGGAGUACAACGAGGGUCCGGAUGAUGAAAUGGUCUCCAGUUUGGCACUGCAGGUGUCACUUUAUUUUAACACUUACUUUUUCCCUCUUUGGUGGGUGAGCAGCAUUACAAUGCUUUACACAAAGUAUUCAAUCUUGCCUGAUUACUACAAAUUUAUUGUGGUCACUAUUAUCAUCCUAGUAACCUUAAUUGAAGCCAUCCGGUUGUAUCUGGGCUACAUGGGUAACCUACAGGAAAAGGUUCCUGAGUUGGCUGGCUUUUGGCUUUUGAGCCUUUUGUUACAGUUGCCUUUAAUUCUUUUCUUGCUCUUUAAUGAAGGUUUAAAGAGUUUGCCAAUGGAAAAAGCAAUACAUAUCAUCUUCACUCUCUUCCUUACUUUCCAAGUUGUUGCAGCAUUUCUUGCCUUGAAGAGAAUGGUAAAUCAGUUGGCAACCCGUUUCCACCUCCAAGACUUUGACCGGCUUUCUGCAAAUAGAGGGGACACGAGAAGGAUGAGGUCAUGUAUAGAAGAGAUUUGA